UUCGACAAUGAAACUCAACGGAUCACUCUGUAUACUCUACUUGUUCUACUUCAUAAAUACAAAUGGCGUCGGAUGCAAGAGCCACUCGUUUCCGAAUUCGACCAACGUAGAGAAAAUCUCUUCUCCGAGAAGCAUCGAAGAUAACAAGGAAAAUCUGAAUAUAGUGGAAAAAUAUCGGGAUAAACGUGCGUUGGGUUUAAUUUUGUCAGGCUUAGCUCAGAUUUUUGGAUACACUCCAACUCCAAUACAAUUGGCUUCACUUCCAAAUCCAGUUGGAUCUGACAAUAAUCCUGGUGCAUCGGGAAACAAUCAAAGUUCUUUUAUGCCACCGAUGCAACCUUCGAAUUCGCCUAAUCAAGCUUCCACAGCUUCUCCCACUCAGACAAUGCCAAUAUCGACAACAACGACAAGACCUAGACAAAGAGAAACUAUCAGAUUUACCGGUGUUGUUAAUUUUGGUAACAGGUCGGACGUGGUUGGACAUUUGCAACAAUAUGAAAGAAUAUUUCAUGGUACUCAAACAACAACUCCUGCAUCGUCAUCAUCGUCGUCAUCAUCAUCACCACCAUCGAUGCCUGUACUUUUAUCGACGACCCCAUCAUCUUUCAGUACAAUGUCAUCGUUUGAUAUAAGAGAAUCACUAAAAUAUAGGCCACCUUUGUUAAGUCCAUACUUGGUCAAAAUCCCUUUACCCAUCGCACCUAAUCUUCCACCUCCUAUAUCUCCAACAACGAAAAUUAAUUUUUCUAUUAAAAAUACGAACAUGCCGCGUAGGAAGGAACAAGAAAUUGUUUAUAGAAAGAACGAGAAUAUAGAGAAUUAUACCGUGGAAAAUAAAGAAAUUCGAAAUGAGAAGGAUGUAGGUAUACCGGAAAGUAAAUUUCAACAUAACGUUUAUGUUAGCGAGCCUUAUUGGAAAAAGUUGCACGAAGAAAGAAUAACUCAGUUGGAACGUAAACAGCAAGAAUGUGCUGAGAAAUUAAAGGAACGAGAGAAAGAACGAAAUCAUAGUUAUCGGGAAGAGGAUCAUUCUGGACAAAGCGAAGGAUCGAGGGAUCGUGAAAAUGAUAGCGAUGAUCGAGAACGAGAAUAUUCAGGGAAUAUUAAAGAAGAUACACAUGGAAACAACGAGGACGAGGGUAACGACGAAGAGUCUGAAAAUUCGCGUGAACGAUACGAAGAACAUCCAGGCUAUCCGCGAGAAGGUCCUACGAAUGAAAAGCAAAAAAAUACCGAAGACUAUGACGAUUACGACGAAGAUGAUUCUUCUAGAAAUGACGAACGACAAGAAGAUUUAAAAGAGCCGAUCACGAAAGUCUACGAUAAUAAUUAUACCAAUGUGAAAUACGAUAAACCAUUACCCAUAAGUGAUUAUUAUGAAAAAGAGAGACCACCCCAACAGCUUCGCGAUAGUUACGGUGAAAUUUUAGACAAUCGAGCUUUGGUCGACGAGAGAAUAGCUAAUUAUUACGACUACGUUAACAAUCAACAAACCAAUCCUCAGGAUCCUCCAAAUAUUUCUGAUUAUAUCGAGGAAUCUGAAGAAAAGUACGAGGAAAGGCCGGAGUCGAAAAUCCAUGAGCAAAAUAACGAAGAUCCCUAUAAAAAACUCAGAGAGGAAUACGCGAUUAUACCAUUAGAAAACAAAUACGAAGAAUAUAAUUUAGAAAAUACCGAUCAAUCGGAAAAAGAUGAUAGAAAUGAAUCGGAGAAUCCGAAAGACGAGAAUGAUCCGACUUCGAAUAAAAAUGAUCCAAUUCAGAAUAGCGAAUCGACUAAAUUCGUAGAUAAGACUAAACACGUUAAUUCUAACGAAUUGAAAUCUAAGAAGGUAAGUAACAUUCGUAAUAAUGUCAUUCCGAUAAAAAAUAAAUCAUUUAACGAAUUUGCUAUCGUUAAACACUCGCCAUACAUUUUACCAAUUCGAUAUGUUUACGGACCAGAGGAACUCGAAGAAGCUAAAGCGCGUCGUUUCCAAACCGAAAAAGUCAAGAAAGAAGAAGAUCAUUCAAGAAGUAUCAACGACGCAAGGAGUACGAUCGAUGAAAAAAAAUCACAAAAACAAAAAUUAAAGGCGGAGGACCUAACUCCUAAAAUAGGUCUUCCAGAAAGAUUAACCGAGAAAAAAUUGCAUGAAGGAGAGAGCAAAGAACUUCAAAUUUGGCCAGCACCUUUUGAUUUUGUUUUUGAUAGUACGGAACAAACGAACGUGCGCGUUCCUGUGAAUACGAAUGAAAAUUCAAAGGAAAAUAUACAUCGUCCAACCACUAUCAUUCCUACUCGUACAAUGAUCUAUGAACGAAAUCCGAGUACUUUAAGAUACCUUGCACCAUUCGUACCAAUGCACUAUGCGACCUAUCAGCAGCCCACACUUUAUCUUAAUAAAAGACUUAUAUCGUAAAAAAAGAAAUUCUAAAUCAUCAACGAGACUUAUAAUAAUCUAAAAGAAAGAAGAAAUGUAUUACAAUAUAAUUAAUAUAAUAAUUUUAUGUUCUUUUAUCACUCAUGAUAUGUUAUGUUGUAUAGAGUGAUUAUAGAUUGUUUAAA